CGUCAGAACGGACAUCGUCGACAGUGUAGAGAGAAAAGUUUUCGCUGCCAAACAACACGAAAUUUUCACGCACACACACAUCAGCAGCACAGUGCAGGCACGUUGAGAAAAUUCGGGAAAAAAACGUCUGCAGAUCGUUUGUCGGAAAAUGUUUUGAGCUUGAGCUUGGGUUAGGGACUCCGAUUUCAAGUGGUUGGACAUACAGUGAGCUGGAUAUGUGUGUGGAUGGCCAGGACAGGUGGCCUGAGCCGAGCUAACGGGCUAACGGGGAAUGCACCACCGCCAGCAGGAGCAGCAGCAGCAGCAGCAGCAGUCAGUACAAGUGGAGCAGCAGGAAGAAACAUGACCUGGUCCUGGGCAUGGCCCUGGUGGCGCCUCUGCCUGAGCCUCAUUUCCAUGCUCAUCUGGCAUGCCCCCUGCGCCCAUCUGCAGCCUGCCGAGAACAUCAACUACAAUCUCGUUCACUCCUGGGCCGACAAACUGGGCAUGGAACUGUUUCAUCUGGGCGAUUUUAUCACCAGGCGCAAGGAGGUGCAGGAGAGUUUCAAGGAUGCCAAAGUGGUUCAGCGCGUUGGAGCCUCCAUAGUUGAUUCGAUGGCCAAGGAAAUAGAAAUGAUGAUGGACCUGAAGGUCAGCGCUGUGCGGCGCAUAAUGGACACAGCUGAGAACACGGCUCUGUCCCAUCAGAACGAUAUGGCGGAUAAGAUGUUCUCCUAUUACAAUGCCAAGGAGAUGUUAGAGCCGGGUGAUCCCGUGCCCCCGAUUCCAACGCCAGCCCCUGAUAUGGACAAGGACAUCGGGGAGCCGUUGAUCUACGUGCAGCCCAAGGUGGUGGUGCUGGAGCCACGGCCGGAGUUCCACAAUACACCGGUCAACUUCAGUGUUAGCUCGGUGCAUGUGCCCGUGAAUGUGUUCGAUCGAGCACCGGAUGUGAUAAAGGCGAUACAAUGGUCGGAGAAUUUGGAUCAGAUAUUCCGCGAUAAUUACAAGAAUGAUCCGACAUUGUCGUGGCAAUUUUUUGGCAGUUCGACCGGCUUUAUGCGUCAAUUCCCUGCAUCCAAAUGGAAGAAGGACGUACCGGUCGAUCUAUACGAUUGCCGGCUACGCUCCUGGUAUAUGGAGGCGGCGACGAGUCCAAAGGAUAUUGUCAUCCUAAUGGAUGGAUCCGGUUCAAUGUUGGGACAGAGGCUAGAUAUCGCAAAGCAUGUUGUCAAUACGAUACUCGAUACAUUAGGUACAAAUGACUUUGUGAACAUCUUCACCUUUGAUAAGGAAGUGAGCCCAGUUGUCGGAUGUUUCGAGGAUACACUGAUUCAAGCAACUUUGGGCAACAUUCGUGAACUGAAAGAAGGGAUCGAAAACUUUGGACCCAAAUCGAUCGCCAAUUAUACCGCUGCAUUGACAAGAGCAUUCGAGAUAUUGGAAGAGGCGAAGUCGACGUCGCGCGGUGCGCAAUGCAAUCAGGCGAUCAUGAUCAUUGGGGAUGGGGCGCCGGAGAACAAUCGCGAGGUCUUCGAGUUGCACAAUUGGCGGGAUCCGCCCUAUAAGCCGGUGCGGGUCUUUACCUAUCUGAUUGGCAAAGAGGUGGCUAAUUGGGAUGAUAUACGGUGGAUGGCAUGCGAGAAUCAGGGCUAUUAUGUGCAUCUCAGCGACACCGCUGAGGUCCGCGAGAUGGUCCUAAACUAUAUACCGGUUAUGGCCAGGCCCCUUGUUUUGGGUAGGCACGAUCAUCCGGUCAUUUGGACCCAGGUCUAUGCGGACAUUGAGGAUACAAAGCUCUCCGACCAUCUGUGGGAGAUCAAGCAGUGCGAGGAGCAGAAGGCGGACGUCCUCGAGUACUGGCAGGUGCACGACCGGAUGCUGGAGCCCAGCGAGAUGCACAGACGCGAGUAUCGGCGCAUAAAGGAAACCUGGAACCAGCCCGUCGACUCGAAUGUCUAUCAAUUCAUGACCACCGUUUCGAUGCCCAUUUACGAUCGACGCGAGAAUGCGCUCAUUAAUCUAACGACCGAUAUAAAUCCGGCUGCGAAAAUAAACCUUCAAGUUACAAGGAUUGCAAACAUACUGGGCGUGGCCGGCACCGACGUGCCCAUCAAUGAAAUCAAAAAACUGCUGUCGCCAUUUAUGCUGGGCGUGAAUGGCUACGCGUUUAUAGUAACCAACAACGGUUAUGUACUAUUCCAUCCAGACUUUCGUCCAAUUUUCCAAGGUUAUAUACUGAAACCAGCAUACAAUAGCGUGGAUAUGAUUGAAGUCGAGCUGUUGGAUGACGAUCGACCCGCCAGAGACUUCAAUCCAGUGCUGAUGACGAUACGCGAUUCUAUAAUCAAUCAAUCGACUGGCAGCAAAUGGAUGUUGGUCAAAAAUCAUUUCGAUGAAAUGAAACGGGUGACUCGCAUCAAGCGGCAGUAUUACUGGACAGCCAUCAAGAACACACCAUUCACAUUGGUCAUCUCCUAUCCGGAGCAGUACGGCGUCAGUCGCAUAGAUAUACGGUCCGAGCAGGACAUCCAUCGCGUCAAUAUCAAGGGCACAAACAUACGCAGCUUCUUCGAUGGCAAGCGAUGGAAAAUACAUCCAGAUUGGCUAUUUUGCAAGCACAGCAACAGGACAUUCAGAACGCCAGAGACAGAACUUUUGUACUUUCUCGAGCGUAUGACUGAGCCUGGCUGGCGAUGGCCAGCGAGUCGAAGCGCUAUGCCCCCGGAGCAUACAGCUGCCAUGUUCUCUAACAACUCAUCAACUGGCCGCUAUCCAUCAAUCAAUGAAAAAGAAAGCUACUAUUGCGAUAGGCAGCUGAUGCAGGCCCUGGUUUUCGAUGCCGGCGUCACCGAGUGGUUCUCCAAGAAUAGCAGCUUCAACUCCAAGGAGGACAAGAGCACAAGCGCAUCAAGCCCAAUAGCCGUUCUAAUGGGUUUGCUGCCAAGAAACGAAUUCAAGCAGCGUUUUGGCGUCACUGUCGCCUUCCUGGCCACCCACAGCGGCCUCACACGCUGGCACGAGUUCAACUUGGCCGAGGAGCCAAGUGUCGGUGAGACCUUUAGCCAGAAAAACAAACGCGCCAUCGAUGAGAUCUGGUACAAGCGCGCCGUGGACCAACAUUUUGUACGGGCGGAAAGCUUUGUCUACUCCGUGCCCUUUGAUGCGGGCGAAAGCAACUCUGAGAUCCUUGUAACUGCCAGUCAUGCCAUCUUCCAUAAUGAGGGCGGCAAAUCCGCACCGGCGGCCGUUGUGGGCUUCCAGUUUCAGCACUCGGCGCUCUAUAAGCUCUUCCACAAUAUCACCGGAAACGCCUGUGCCGUGGAUGACAAAGACUGCUAUAUACUGGACAACAAUGGCUAUGUGAUCAUCUCGACGAGAGUGCACGAAACGGGCAGAUUCUUCGGAGAGGUCAAUGGGGCGAUUAUGAAGCGUCUGCUGGAGGAGAACGUCUACAAGCGGGUCUUCGUCUAUGACUACCAGGCAGUGUGCUUCGAGUCCAGGGGCGACAACAAUGCCUCCAGCAUGCUGCUAUCGCCACUUUAUCAUGUUCUUCGACUGAGCAAAUGGCUGCUGCAUACGGCGCUGUGGUAUAUUGUGCAACUAAUGCAACUGGCGCCCGGGGUGUCCGCCCACUACGCUGAGAUGUACAGCGACAUGAACGGCACUGAGCCGGAGCCAGAGCACCACCACAAUGGCCAUGGCAAGAAGUCGGAGACCGAGGAGCAUUGGCUCCGCUAUCUGACGCUGCACCGGACACGCCUCAAGUCCUGCGACAUGCAGCGAGAGCUCUACACGCUCUACAACGAGAAGGACAACGUUGUCUACAAUAUGACAGCGCACGCAUGCGAGCGGCCAUUUGUCGUCCUGCCCAUACCGUUCAGCAACCUCAUACUACUGGUCGUCGACCAGCUCUGUCCGCGGGACGCUGCCCUCGUGCUAACGGUCAAUCCGCAGACCAUCGACUAUCAUCUGUCGGUGAACGAUUCGCUGGCCUGCUACAAGCACGCCCGCGAAUUCAACCGCGUGCGGCCCCAGAGCUGCAUCAGUCGGCAUGCGAAUGAGAGCAACAUCAAGCUGUGCGGCAAGGCCUGCUCCCUCUAUGCGAACCUCGCCCUCUUACUGCUCUGCCACAUCCUGAGUCGCUGGCUGUAACGGCAAUCGACCAGAUUAGCUUAAAUCUAGGCAAUACGUUUUUGUAUCAUAUUGUACGAGUAUAGGACCCCCAGCCCCCCUCCCGCCCCACGACCCAACAGCAAUCCCCAGAACAAAGGAAUUUUUUUUACUCUCAAUGCUUGAGCGCAGUUUAAUAAUACUUAAAAAUAUUUUUGGUCACCUAGAGAAACUUUUCCAAAUUAGUUCUUAAGUAGCUAAAUAUGUAUCUGUUUUCGGUGGUUGAGAGGCGGAGGAGGAGGAGGAGCAGGUGGAGAAGGAAACCAAAUUGAAUACCGGGAAAGUGCGUGCCGACCGUGACAGGUGGACGGGUGACUGGGCGGAGCGCCAGGCUUAAGCUUGCAUAUAUGUAUAGUAUAUAUUGUGGACCUUCCAAUAGACAAACUUAAUUAGAAAAUGUACACUUACGAGUAUUACGUAGAGUAUAUGAGACUACACAAAUCCAACAACGGCCUUAAACGACUUGCAAAUACCACAUAUGUACAUACAUACAUAUGUAUUAUACGCUGAACGCCAAGCGCCGUCGAGGGCGCGAUUCAAGUAAUAGAACGCAAUAGAACUCAUGGCACGCACUGUACCAAUGCCGACUACUGCCCAUGGUUAUGUGAGUGAUUGAGUGAUUGGGUGAGUGAGGAGCGAGUGAGUGUUUUCAAUGAGUGUUGUGUUCGAAUGAAAGUGAAUGUGAAUGUUUGUUGUUAAAUCUUAAUUUAAGACGGCCACAUUUGUAAGUAACACUUAGCUACAAAGAUUUAUGUUUAAUGAGCGGAUCAAGAACACUAUCGAUAAAGCGAAUAAUGGAACCAUUAAAAGUAUAUAGACAUAUAUAUAUAUAAUGUAUGUACACACCCACACACUUAUACGAUAUACUACCUAUAUAAUACAUACUAUACAUACAUACAAACAAACAAACAAUACAUACAUACUACAUCUAUGUAAGUAGCUUUUGUAUAUUUGCUUAGCUUAGCCCGCAUUUGGGGGGAGAAACUGACCGAAAUUUCUGCCUUGAAGAAUUACAUACAUACUUUUGUAACAACAGAUUCGUUAAUGAUGAUCUAAGCCGAAACUGACCUACAUAAAUGCAAUGUUUUUACAUAUAUAGUUAAUGCGAAAGACGAAUUAAUGACGACGAUGAUGAUACGUAGCAUAACCCACAAGUACCUACAUAUAUGGAAGACGGAAGGAUAAAUCAACUUUUUAUUACUACUACUUGAUACUUGAGCCACAGAACUGAGCCGCGGACAGCGCUGAUUGGUGUUAGAAAAACAGCAUCUAGUAACUAAAGUAUGAUAUACUCGUACGAAUAUUAAUUUUGAACAUUGACUAGUUGAAAUUUACCAAGAACUUGCGCUCUUAAGAAUCUUAUCUUACUAGCGUCUAGGCGAAAACAAAUACACAUACAAAACCCUCGACAGAGCGGGAUCUCACCUCAGAUCGGAUUGGAACUUACUAAGCUUUAGCCACCCACUUGUUCCCCCAUUGGUAGUGUAAUCGACUUGUGCCAUUUGAACUGCCUAGAAUUUGUUAUAACUAUUUACUAAUCGAAAUGAUCGUCAUUCAAUAAUUCUAGCAAAUAUUCCCACGAAGUUUCCCAUACGAUCAUCCUCGCCUCUCACAGGUUGUUACACACCAAAAACAUUUGUAAAUUCCGUUAGAAUCCCAGCAAAACAAUGAGAGACCGAGAUAGGGAGAGUGUGAGAUGCUGAGAAAUACUUCUCGAAAAAACUCCUUUUACACAUUCCCUCGAAUCUCGAAUGCUACACUAGGAUAGAUCCAUUCCCCAAUCUCCAAUUUCCAAUAUUAAUUAGUACAACUUUUCACAUACACAUACACAGACACAAACACACAACUCUCGCUAAUGACAGCCACAAUUGUAUUACAUUAAAUAAACUACAAAUAAUAAUAAAAAACAAAACCAAAAAACAUUUGUCUACUGUGCUAAAAGAAGAAAAUGAUAAUAAAAACGAAAUAAUUUCACAAUUAUUCCCCUAUGCGUCUCGUUUCUACGGUCAGACUCUACUCUUCCCUUUGCCAGCAGAAGCUCCAGAAUGAAUGCCACAUUCAAAAGUAUUGGUAAGGGUGAAGGAAUGGUGGUUGGAGAUUCAGCAAUCUGGUAAGAUGGUAGAAUCAUUCUUUGAUUCUGGAUGCUCCUUGUGACGGUGCAAAGAGGCGUUCCGAUAUUUGGAAAUACAAAGAUGCA